AUGACUUCACAAUUUCUUGGAAGACUGGACAAUGUUGUGGACACAGUAUUCAGCGGUUCCCCUGUAACUCAGAGGGUAUUCAACGGUUUAGAAACAGUUACUCGUCUGGAGAAACGUAAAAUCGCUAAAUGUUUUUUCAUUUUGUUCGCUAUUUAUAUGACCUUUGGUGCUUUCGCUGAAUUGAUUUGUAAUGCAGUUGGAUUCGUCUACCCUGCAAUUCAGUCAUUAGAAGCUCUUGAAACUCAUGAUUCUGAGGACGAUCGUCAAUGGUUAACCUAUUGGGUUGUUUUCGCCUUCUUUUCAGUAAUCGAAUUUUUUUCCGAUAAAAUAUUUUAUGUUUUUCCCGUUUACUAUUUGGCGAAACUAAUUUUUCUCGUUUGGUGCUUUUGGCCUACCGAGCAAAAUGGUUCCAUUAGAAUUUACAAUCAAAUCAUUAGACCUUAUUAUCUAAAGAAAAGAUCAGAAAAAGAAGAAGAGAAAGAUGCUGAAACUGGAAGAAAAUCAAUCAGUAAUCAAGGUGAGAAACAAUUUUAUUCGAGGCCAGGAUCAAUCGUAGAAACACCAGUUCUAACUCAGGCAAUGGUUGGAACGAGGAUAAGGUCAUUAUUGAAGGAUAUAAAAGAGAAGGAGAAAGAACUGGAUAAAGAAAUUGUUAAUAAACUUGAUGCUGUAGAUGAAAAUGAUGAUGAGGAUGAUUAA